CACCUCUCUGUUGGGUAGCUGCCCCACAGCCCCCAAUGGGUUAAACGGAUAGAGCCGUGUUUUGCAGAGAGGCCCAGGGAGCAGCCAGCCAAUGCUGUCCCUUCCUUUUCCUGCCAGGGAACUCAGCUGCAAAACCCUGGCUGCUUUCUGCAGAAGGUCAGAGAGGACAGGGUCAUUGCCAAUGGAACUUCUUACCUCGCACCAGAUUGAGUGUCUGAACCGAACGAAGCAGGCGACUGAAGACACGGUUUAGGAGCUGAUGUGGAGAGAGGCGCAGCUGUUGCAUUUGUGAACAAGAGACGGAACGAGAGAUGAACCGGAGUGAAAUUCAAGCUUUGCCGAGUCGGGGCGCAGAAAGAACGCACUGCAACAGUGGCAGCCCUGAAGGAGACAGCGCAAGCAGCCUCCCGACAGGCCUCAGCAGAGCAUCUGAAGAGGCCUACAUGGGUUUGGAUUCUGGGCAAAGCAGGGAAGAGCCCUGGGAAAGGGACACCAUCGCCCUGGAGGCACAGCAACUGAACUUCCGACGGUUCCGCUACCAGGAGGUCGAGGGACCACGGGAAGUGUGCAGCCAGCUCUGGUACCUGUGCCACCGGUGGCUGAAGCCGGAGAGGCACACCAAGGAGCAGAUCCUGGAGCUGGUGAUUCUGGAGCAGUUCCUGGCCGUCCUGCCAUUGGAGAUGCGGAGCUGGGUCUGGGAAGGCAGGCCGGAGACCUGCUCCCAGGCGGUGGCCCUGGCAGAAGGUUUCCUGAGGAGGCAGCAAUCGGUUGAGAAAGAGGUACUGCCUAUGAAUUCCGCUGCUCUUUCAGAGGCCAGAGAGAAGCCGCUGCGUGUGGAAGUCAAAGAAGAGGGUGGCAGAAGUGGGUCCCCUUCAGAACAGGAGGUGCCCAUCUGA